GCGCCGCCCUGGGCUCAAGUCCAGCAGCAGCAGUAGCAGCAGUACGAGCAGCGCGCACACGCCCCUCCAGAGACGGGUGUCUCGGGCUCUCUCUCCUCUCCCGGACCUGGCAAGUCCCCAUUAGGCAGAAGGAGAGGAGCAUAUAAAGAGGGAGCCGGCGGAGAGCGAGGACCAGUCACUGGAGCCACAGCAGGGAACAAUGGAUUUUUUACAAUGAGUGCUGCAGAAAAUCAGCUAACCGCAUAGUGAAGGUGUAACAGCAGUCCCAUCUACCUAAGUAGUUCACCAUUUUUGGAAGUAUUUCAACAUUCGUUUGAUCUUUAUAAAGUAAACAUGGCAAAACCAUAUGAGUUCAAUUGGCAGAAGGCAGUUCCUUCAUUCAUGCAAGAUGGAGCGGUGUUUGACAGAUAUGAAGAGGAAUCUUUUGUAUUUGAACCAAAUUGCCUCUUUAAAAUGGACGAGUUUGGCUUCUUUCUUACAUGGAAAAGUGAAGGAAAGGAAGGUCAAGUUUUGGAAUGUUCUCUAAUCAACAGCAUACGCGUUGGCGCUGUACCAAAGGAUCCCAAAUUGGUGUCUGCCCUUGAGGCCGCAGGAAAGGCUGAAAAUGAGCUAGAAGGCCGGAUAGUGGUCGUCUGCUCUGGUACUGACCUGGUGAACAUCAACUUCAAUUACAUGGUAGCAGAGACUGUCGACAUAGCUAAGCAAUGGGUAGAAGGGCUAAGAUCUAUCACGCAUAACUUUAGAGCCAACAACGUCAGUCCCAUGACAUGUCUCAAAAAACACUGGAUGAAACUUUGCUUUCUUACAAACAUUAAUGGAAAAAUCCCAGUCCGAAGUAUCACAAGAACGUUUGCAUCAGGAAAAACAGAAAAAGUCAUCUUUCAAGUACUUAAAGAAUUAGGUCUUCCGAGCGGAAAGAAUGAUGAAAUUGAGCCCUCAGCUUUUACAUUUGAGAAGUUUUAUGAACUUACGCAGAAAAUUUGCCCCCGAACCGACAUAGAAGAGCUCUUUAAAAAAAUCAAUGGAGAAAAUUCUGACUAUUUAACGGUAGACCAAUUAGUGAGCUUUCUAAAUGAACAUCAAAGAGAUCCUCGUCUGAAUGAAAUCUUGUUCCCAUUCUUUGAUGCAAAGAGAGCGAUGCAGAUUAUAGAGAUGUACGAACCUGAUGAAGAGUUGAAGAAAAGAGGUCACAUAUUAAGUGACGGAUUUUGCAAAUUCCUGAUGUCGGAUGAGAAUGCGCCCGUCUUUCUAGACCGCUUGGAGCUGUACCAGGAAAUGGAGCACCCACUUGCACACUACUUUAUAAGCUCCUCCCACAACACGUACCUUACCGGGAGGCAGUUUGGUGGAAAGUCAUCCGUAGAGAUGUACAGACAAGUUCUUCUAGCUGGAUGCAGGUGUGUUGAGCUGGAUUGCUGGGAUGGAAAAGGUGAAGAUCAGGAACCUAUCAUAACACAUGGCAAGGCCAUGUGCACAGAUAUCCUCUUUAAGGAUGUAAUACAAGCCAUUAAGGACACUGCAUUUGUCACAUCAGAAUAUCCUGUAAUCCUUUCAUUUGAGAAUCACUGCAGUAAAUAUCAACAAUACAAGAUGUCCAAAUACUGUGAAGAUAUAUUUGGGGAUCUCCUUCUGAAGCAACCCAUUGAGUCACAUCCGCUUGAUCCUGGGAGACCUUUGCCCUCUCCAAAUGACCUAAAAAGAAAAAUACUCAUUAAAAACAAGCGUUUGAAACCGGAAGUGGAAAAGAAGCAGCUUGAGGCUUUAAAAAGUAUGAUGGAGGCCGGAGAGACAGUGGCACCGGUCAACAUCCUUGAAGAUGACAUCGAGGAAGAAAUAGAAAACGCUGACCAAGAAGAGGAAGCCCAUCCGGAAUUCAAGUUUGGAAGUGAGAUUUCAGCAGAUGACCUCAGCCAAAAAGAAGUUACAGCAAACAUUGCAAAAAAAGUAGUUGAAGAUUGUGAGCCAGAAAACAAUAACAAAAAGGGCCCUGUAACUGCUGAUGAUGAACAAGCAUGGAUGGCUAAUUAUAAGUAUGUAGGUGCCACGACGAAUAUACAUCCGUUUUUAUCAACGAUGAUCAACUAUGCUCAACCAGUCAAAUUUCAAGGAUUCAAAGUGGCAGAAGAACGGAACAUUCAUUUCAACAUGUCCUCUUUUAAUGAGUCGGUCGGAUUGGGGUAUUUAAAGACACAUGCAAUAGAGUUUGUAAAUUAUAACAAACGUCAGAUGAGUCGGAUUUAUCCUAAGGGAGGCAGAGUGGAUUCCAGUAAUUAUAUGCCUCAAAUUUUCUGGAACGCCGGCUGCCAGAUGGUCUCUCUGAACUAUCAGACCCCAGAUCUAGCCAUGCAGCUGAACCAGGGGAAGUUUGAGUACAAUGGAUCUUGUGGGUUCCUCCUUAAACCAGACUUCAUGCGUCGCCCAGACAGGACAUUUGACCCUUUCUCAGAAACCCCAGUGGAUGGCGUGAUUGCAGCCACCUGUUCUGUUCAGGUUAUAUCGGGACAGUUUUUGUCAGACAAAAAAAUUGGGACAUACGUUGAGGUGGAUAUGUAUGGAUUACCAACAGACACUAUAAGAAAGGAGUUUAAAACACGUAUGGUAAUGAACAAUGGUCUGAAUCCGGUUUACAAUGAGGAACCUUUUGUGUUCCGAAAGGUUAUCUUACCUGACCUUGCGGUUCUAAGGAUAGGAGUGUAUGAUGACAACAAUAAGCUGAUAGGCCAGAGGAUAUUGCCGCUAGACGGCCUGCAGGCAGGAUAUCGCCACAUUUCACUCCGAAAUGAAGGAAACAAACCACUUUCUCUCCCGACCAUCUUCUGUAACAUUGUCCUGAAGACCUAUGUUCCCGAUGGGUUUGGAGAUAUUGUUGAUGCUUUAUCAGAUCCAAAGAAGUUUCUUUCUAUCACUGAGAAAAGAGCAGACCAGAUGAGGGCAAUGGGUAUUGAAACCAGUGAUAUUGCAGAUGUGCCGAAUGACAUCACAAAAAACGAUAAGAAAGGGAAAACCAAUAAUACCAAAGCAAACGUGACUCCACAAACGAGUUCAGAAUUGAGACCGUCGGCAACAUCCACCUCCGGAUUAGCCACCGAAGCUAAAAAAGCUAUUGAUCUCAUUCCUCAAUUAAAGGUGGAAGAUUUGAAACAGAUGAAAGCAUACCUCAAACUGCAAAAGAAGCAACAGAAAGAGCUGAACUCUAUAAAGAAAAAACAUGCAAAAGAGCACAGCACCGUGCAGAAGGUGCACUGCACACAAACUGACAAAAUAGUGGCACAGUUUGAUAAAGAAAAGGUGUCUCUUGAGAAGACCUUAGAAAAAGCAAUCAAGAAGAAAGGAGGAAAUAGCUGUGUUGAAAUGAAGAAGGAAACAGAAAAUAAAAUUCAGGUUUUAACUUCAGAUCAUAAUUCCAAGGUGAAAGAUGUGGUGGCCCAGCAUACGAAAGAGUGGUCAGACUUAAUCAGCACGCAGAGUGCCGAAGAGCAGGAACUCCGAGAUCUACACAUAAGUCAACAGUGUGACCUGCUGAAAAAACUUCUGCUCUCCGUCCAAGAACAACAGACACAGCAGCUGAAACUUUCCCAUGACCGAGAGAGCAAGGAGAUGAGGGCGAAUCAAGCUAAAAUAUCCAUGGAGAACAGCAAAGCCAUAAGCCAUGAUAAAUCUAUCAAAAAUAAAGCCGAACGGGAAAGGCGAGUGAGGGAAUUAAACAGCAGCAACACAAAGAAAUUCCUGGAAGAGAGGAAACGACUGGCAAUGAAACAAUCAAAGGAAAUGGACCAGUUGAAGAAAGCGCAGCUGGAGCAUCUGGAAAUCCUGGAGAAGCAGAAUGAACAGGUACUGCUUUUGAAAUCGUCUCAUGCAGUGUCUCACUCGCAAGGCAAAGGAAAUCCAGCAGAUGGUCAAACUGGAAGCCGAGAUGGGCCGCAGGCCAGCAACAGUUGUAUAAAGCUGCAAAACGCAAACUGAAGUCAAAAAAUUUACUGUCUUUUUCGAGAACACUGUAAAAAAAAAAAAAAAGACCACAAACACUGAACAUGAAGUGUGCUCUUAUGUUAAACCCUUUUUGUCUUGGCAAGAUUGUAAGACUGGCAUAUUUCCCUUUAACAUUUUGAGCACUGCACUAUUUAUGACAGAUUAAUAAUUAUACAGUUAUAAAGUAAAAAGAGAUAAAUAUUUUUAUUAAUCGUAAAUCAUAUGUUAAUAGUCUAUUAUUUGCAAAUAGGUUAACUUGUUUUUUUAAGUGAUUUUGUUGUAUUUUAUAAUUAAUGGUCACCAAUGUAGCAACAUGAGAUGGAUAAAGGUUGACUUUUUGAUGUUUCCAAAGAGCUACUUACAACGCUGUUACACUGUUAUUUUAUUGGAAGGGGUGAGGGAUUUUUGGCAAACCCAACCGAAGAACGGGAUUGCCCCAAACUACAGUGAGUCUGUCCUCUCGCUGGAUUUUAAUCACACGUUUAUUGCCUGGUGUUUAAUAUUUUUGAUAAUUGUUAAUAAGCGUGAUUUUAUUCCUAAUGCUGAAUGACACAUUCUGAUGUAUACAGAGUAUAUGAAAAUAUAAAAAUGAACUGUACUGUAUUGACAAUAUCCAGCAAGCACAAAGCGUUUGAAUACAGUUAGUACACAUCCCCAUAUGCCAUUUUGUAAAGCUGUGCUUGGAUGUCAUUAGCAUUUCAUCUAAAUUGUAUACUGAAGUCUGAGAGGUAGAGAACAAAGCAGUAAAGUAGACAGAGUGUGUUUGUAGAUCAAAAAUCUGAAUUGCCUGCUGUAUCCAAGUGAUUUUCUUCUACUAACGUGGGCAGCAAGAAAAUCAGUCUUUUUUUCUGUUUGAUUAUUUUAUGUUGUUUAUUUCAAUAUCCUUACAUAAAUAGUGCAAAUGUUUUUAAAGUUCAAUAAUAUAUUUUUUACAAUAUUAGCUGGCCAAUUUUUUUUAAGAUUUUGCUUCAGAUAAGAACACUUUUGGAACUUACUUAUUUUUUGUUUAAGGCCAGAGGCUUUUUAUUUAUGUUCUCAAAGCUACAAUCACUUUUAAAAUUAAACUUCUAAAUGUAUGUAUUUAUAUAUUAUUAGAAUACUUUCUAAUAAUAUACCUAGUAUAACUUUUUUUUAUUUUCCAUUUAUAUGUCAAAUGCCCACCUGGCACCAAAGAUAUUCAGAUACUGAGUUGUGCAAUUGACGAUAUAUUUAGAAUUUAAAUAGAAGAUAUUUGGGGGGGAAAACUACUUGAAUUUUAAGAAACGUAUAAAGAAGCUUUAAUAGUAAAUAUAACAGAUUUAUUUUUUGUUCCCUGAUGAAUACAAAAUAAAUUUAAAAAACAAUAUUUUGUUGACAAAACAGUUAAGAGCAAUAAACACAAGACUACCAUUUGUGCUCAAUAAUUCAAUAAUACCAGUGCUCACAUGUUAAAAGGACCAUGCAAUUGGCACUUUAAGAAAGACAAUAUUGUACAGACUGCAAUUUAACGUUUAAUGCUGCAGACUCAAGAAAGUUGGCUUUAUUCUAUUUUGAAGAUUGGAGACUCGAGGGAAGGAAGAACAUUUGUAACUGUGAAGAUGUAUAAAGUAUUUAUACUUGUACUCAAAUAAUGUAGAACUAAAAGCAGGGAAAGCCUUUUUUAAACAUUACUGUUAUAUACUUGCAUGUUAUACCGUCACAACUUCUAACUUUUAUGCAUAAGUCCAUAACCAUGAUGUACUUCAGUAAAUGUUGUUUUAAUUUAUUACACAAAAUGCCAAUUUUUUAACAUUUGCAAUUAUGUGACCAUUAUUGUUUUGUGAUUUCAUACACACUGUAGGAAAACUUUUACAAACAGAAACAAACAAAAAAUGUAUGCAGAAUUUCUAAAGAAAAAAAAAAGACCAAUAUUUUAUGUAUGAUAAUUGUCCCAAUAGUUGACUAGAGAGUUAACUUGCAUGGACCCUAAGCCUGCGGGAUACUUAUAUAACAGACACAUGCAUGUACAGUACUACUUACUAGCAACAUACACUAUCCAUGUUGUCAGUGCAGGAAUGACUGUGUUAAGGAACGCUGUAGCUUAGACAAAGUUAUUUACUGAAUUUUUGGUAUUCUAAAACACCAGUUUUUGUAUGUUUCCACCUGUUCUAAGUUCCCUUAUAACCAGAACUCUUGUCUUUUAUAUCCUUUAUGCUAUUGUGUGAAAACUAUUCCUGUACAUAUGGCAACAAAUAAACUUGGGAUUUGGUUUAUUAUUUCUCCAAUACUUGUAUGAAAUACAAUAAAAUAUCUCCUGAAAAUGGA